AAGUUUAGAAGGCAUAUCAUAAAACUACUUUUUCUUUGACUACUAGAGUGAUGGAUCAGAAAAGUAGACUGCAAGUUGACCCCUUUGGCACUUUGCCCAUUGCCUAUAAAUUAACUUCGCUCCACCUUUGUUGUCACUCGUGUAGUUGUCUCAACUUACUACUUUCUUCACAUAUAAAAUUCUCUGAUUUUUAUUUAGUAUAUCACUCUUUGGACCGUCUUAUUGGAUCUCAGUUUGCUGCUGCAUAGACCAUAAGGUACCAAUCAUGAUAGUUUCCUUGUCUUUGUGCAAGCAAACAAUGUCUUUACUAGACAUACCUUCUGGGGUGCUCAAAUCCAAUUUCUUUAGGCCAAGGCUAGAAAAAGAGAAGGUUGUGAUCCUAAUGGGAGCGACUGGAACCGGCAAGUCCCGGCUUUCCAUCGACCUUGCUACCCGGCUCCCUGCCGAAAUAAUAAAUUCGGAUAAAAUACAAGUACAUGCCGGACUCGACAUAGCGACCAACAAGAUCCCUGAGGAGGAACGGUGUGGGAUUCCACACCAUAUGUUAGGUGUAAUAAGUCCCUACACAGAUUUCACGGCAACGGAUUUUGUUGACAUGGCUUCACAUGCCAUGGAUUCGAUUUUGUCCCGCAGCCAGGUUCCGAUCAUAGCCGGGGGCUCGAAUUCAUACAUCGAGGCCUUAGUUGACGAUGAGGACUUUCGGUUCCGAUCUAGGUACGAAUGUUGUUUCCUAUGUGUAGAUGUAGCAAUGCCGGUGCUCCACCAGUACGUAUCGGAGCGAGUAGAUAAGAUGGUGGAAAUGGGGAUGGUCGAUGAGGUAAGGAGUUUCUUCGACGCCAAUGCCAAUUACGCAGUGGGGAUUAGGAAAGCCAUUGGAGUCCCUGAAUUUGACCGCUACUUCAGAGCCGAACCAUAUUUGGACAAACAACAACGUGGUAAACUGCUGCAAGAAGCAAUACAAGAAAUCAAAAGGAAUACCUGCAAAUUAGCUUGUCGGCAAUUGGAGAAGAUUCACCGGCUGAGGAACAAGAAGAACUGGAAGAUACACAUGGUGGAUGCCACGGAGGUUUUCCGCAGGCGUGGUAAGGAUGCAGAUGAGGCAUGGGAAAAGCUUGUAUCAGGUCCUAGUACGGAGAUAGUGGCGGAAUUUCUAUAUAAUUUCAGCCCUCAGACCCUGGUCACUAAACCCAACCUUAGAGUGCCUUCACUGCCUUGUGGUAUCAUGCUGUAAAAUCAUAUCUGACAGACAAUAACUAGCAAAUUGAUACAUUCCGAUGUUUUAAAAUAUUUGAGAUAUGCUACUUAAUGGAACUCACUUUUUUGGGAAGAAAAAAAAAAAGAUGCUCAAAUUUCAUGGCCCUUGCCAUUAAAUGAUAUGAAAGCAUUUUUUUUCUUCUCCUUUUUGGUGUCUUAUCAGUUGACAUACCAUUACAAGUGAUGCAACUGUUUUAACUGGUUUCCGGGACUGUAAGGUAAUGCAAUUUUUGGGGGUAGGGACCCAGUUCAUUUGUUUGUUUUAUUUCCCUAUUUCCUUCUAAACACAUGUUAAUGACUUUUAAUUAUUAGUAUUAUUUUUAUUAUUAUGGAAAGCAAAUAAUUGAAAAUAACUUGUUCAGAAACACUGCCCAGCAGCAGCCCAAAAAACCUGCCAAGUCUAAUGCCCUACACUUUAUUAUUAGUGGCCGUACAGUCCGAAAACAACUUAAAAGCCGGUGCUUGGAAGUUGGACUGUUUGUGUCACAACCCAAUUCAGCCUGUUGGGCCGUUUCCUGCAUCGCUAUAAAAUCUACUCUUUUGUAUAUACUUUUUUUGGAAGUUUUACUCUUUUGUAUAUACGAAUGUGAGUUUAAGGGAAUGUUUGUUUGGUAUAAAAUUUGUAUUUGGAUA